AUGCCCGAGCAUUUUCCUUCAUCUGAAAUUGAUGACAAAGCCACAGACUGGGAUGACGACCCGUAUGAAGACGAAGAGAAAGCCGAAGAUGAUAGAACAAAGCUGUCCACUGGAAAGAAGCCAACUCUGUUCGCAGUGGAGGCGAUUCCCGCCGGCCGCCUAGUCGCCCUGGUGGCCCGAAUCGUCGGCGUCGAACUGGACGUCCACCAGCCGAUCAACCUCUACGCAAAGGAGCAGCUGAAACCCGAGUUUAUCAAGAUCAACCCCUUCCACUGCAUUCCUACACUGGUGGACACUGACGGCUUUACGCUGUGGGAGUCGGCGGCCAUUGCCUCCUACCUCAUUCAAAGCCGAAAGCCAAACUGUCAUCUGUACCCAGCCAAAGACCUCAAAAAGCGCCUCACCAUUGAUCAGUUUCUGCUGUACAACACCGGCACACUGUACCGCGCUCUCACCGACGUCCACUUUGCCGUCUUUCAGGGCACUGACCCUGUCCUCAAGUUGGAACGCCUCAAAGAGGUUCUAGGAAAGGUGAACUCAUUUUUGGAAGUUACCAAAGGACAAAUGGUGGCAGGAGGUGAUAAGCUGACACUGGCAGACAUUGCCCUCUACGUCAACCUAGACUACGUCGAUGUGAUCAAGUUCGAUAUUACUGAACUUGCAGCUCUGCAGAAGUACAGAGCCCAGGUUAAGAAGGCGCUGGCGCCCUACAACACCGAUGGCUGGUACGAGCAGCAGCAGGCGCUGUUCAUAGGGCAGAUGGAGGGACUGAAGGCACAGUUCGCCGAGGUUCACGCAAAGGCAAAUGCUUGA